AUGUUUUUUAAUGGCCCGUCACAGAUAGACACGGUCGUUGAAGUUUUCGACGUGGGUGGCGGGAAAAAGGGGGAUAUGAGGGGGGCGGAGCACCUGCGCAGGAUGCAUUCUGGUGCACGGUGCAGCCGCCGCGCCAGCCAGUCUGGCGCCCAAACUCCCCCGCACCAUUUCAAACCCGUCCGCCCCCACUUCUGCCCGCUCCCACGCUCGGCGUUUGUUUUCAACUGUGAU